AUGGCUUUUGCCUUGUGCAGCAACCGAUCAAACACUCUGCCUCUGGCCACAAAGUACAACAUCAAGUGCGUGGGGUUGUCUCCCGAUGGCCGUCUUGCCAUCAUCGUUGAUGAAGGGGGCGCUGCACUGCUGGUCAGCCUGGUCUGCAGGUCAGUGCUGCACCACUUCCACUUCAAGGGCUCUGUGCACAGCGUCUCCUUCUCCCCCGAUGGCAGGAAAUUUGUUGUCACUAAGGGCAACAUCGCUCAGAUGUAUCAUGCUCCUGGGAAGAAGCGAGAAUUCAAUGCGUUUGUCUUGGACAAAACCUACUUUGGGCCAUAUGACGAGACAACGUGCAUUGACUGGACAGAUGACUCCAGGUGCUUUGUGGUCGGGAGCAAAGACAUGUCCACUUGGGUGUUUGGAGCCGAGCGCUGGGACAACCUCAUUUACUACGCACUGGGGGGGCACAAGGACGCAAUCGUGGCCUGCUUCUUCGAGUCUAACAGUCUGGAUCUCUACUCGCUCAGCCAGGAUGGAGCUCUGUGUGUGUGGCAGUGUGACACGCCCCCCGAGGGCCUGCGGCUGAAGGCCCCUACAGGCUGGAGGGCAGACCUGCUGCAGCGCGAGGAGGAGGAGGAAGGAGAGGAGGAGGAAGGGGAGAAAGAGACCACCAUUCGGGGGAAGGCCAUGCCUGCCGAGUCGGAGAAGGCGGGAAAAGUGAAAUACUCGCGCCUGGCCAACACGGGUUUUGCUUCUGGAAUCUUCCAUCUGCAUGAGCUACCAGAAUUCAACCUUAUCCACUCUCUGAGCAUCUCCGACCAGAGGAUCUCUUCGGUGGCCAUCAACAGCUCUGGGGACUGGAUCGCAUUUGGCUGCUCAGGCCUGGGCCAGCUGCUGGUGUGGGAGUGGCAGAGUGAGUCCUACGUCCUGAAGCAGCAGGGUCACUUCAACAGCAUGGUGUCGCUGGCCUACUCCCCCGACGGGCAGUACCUCGUCACUGGUGGGGACGAUGGCAAGGUGAAGGUGUGGAACACCCUCAGUGGCUUCUGCUUCGUCACUUUCACGGAACACUCAAGUGGCGUCACAGGUGUGACAUUCACGGCCACCGGCCACGUCAUUGUGACCUCGUCCAUGGACGGCACGGUCCGGGCCUUUGACCUGCACAGGUACCGGAACUUCCGCACCUUCACGUCUCCACGCCCCACCCAGUUCUCCUGCGUGGCCGUGGACUGCAGCGGGGAGAUCGUGUCUGCAGGCGCCCAGGACUCUUUUGAGGUCUUUGUGUGGUCCAUGCAGACAGGCAGGCUCCUCGAUGUUUUGUCUGGCCACGAGGGUCCCAUCAGUGGUCUGUGCUUUAACCCGAUGAGGUCCAUCCUGGCCAGUGCCUCCUGGGACAAGACAGUUCGCCUGUGGGACAUGUUUGAUAGCUGGAGAACCAAGGAAACCCUCACUCUGUCCUCUGAUGCCCUGGCGGUGACGUUUCGGCCCGACGGUGAGGAGCUGGCUGUGGCCACCCUCAACUCCCAGAUCACCUUCUGGGACCCCGAGAACGCCAUGCAGACGGGCUCCAUUGAGGGCAGGCAUGACCUCAAGACUGGCAGGAAGGAGCUGGACAAGAUCACAGCCAAACACUCAGCCAAGGGCAAGGCCUUCACCACGCUGUGCUACUCUGCGGACGGCCAGAACAUCCUCGCAGGAGGCAUGUCCAAGUUCGUGUGCCUUUACCAUGUCCGGGAGCAGAUCCUGGUGAAGCGGUUUGAACUCUCCUGCAACUUCUCCCUGGACGCUAUGGAGGAAUUUCUGAAUCGGAGAAAGAUGACCGAGUUUGGCAACCUGGCACUGAUUGACCAAGAUGCGGGGGAGGAAAACGGGGUUGCAAUUCCAUUGCCAGGAGUCAAGAAAGGUGACAUGAGUUCUCGCCACUUCAAGCCUGAAAUCAGGGUGACUUCACUGAGCUUCUCUCCCACUGGGCGCUGCUGGGCAGCCACCAGCACGGAGGGGCUCCUCAUCUUCUCCCUGGACACCCAGAUGCUCUUUGACCCCUUUGAGCUGGAUGCCAGCGUCACCCCUGGGCGCACUCGAGAGGCACUGCGACAGCAGGACUUCACCCGGGCCAUCCUCAUGGCCUUCCGGCUCAAUGAGCGGAAGCUGAUGCAGGAGACCCUGGAGGCCGUUCCCCCAGACGAGAUCAACGUGAUCAGUGCGUCUCUACCUGAGCCGUAUGUGGACAAAGUGCUCGAGUUUUUAGCUGCCUCCUUUGAAGAGUCCCGUCAUCUUGAAUUCUACCUUCUGUGGACGCAAAGUUUGCUCAUGUCGCACGGACAGAGGCUCAAGUCCAGGGCAGGGCAGGUGCUGCCCACCAUCCAGUUUCUUCAGAAGGGCCUGCAGCGGCACCUGGAGGACAUGGCUAAACUCUGUGACUGGAACCGCUACAAUAUCCAGUACGCUCUGGCGCUUUCCAAGCAGCGGGGCCUAAAACGGGCCCUGCAGUCGCCAGGAACGGAAGAGGACGAAGAGUCGGAUGAGGAGAGUCUACACCUGCUUAGAGAAGCUGGAGAGGAUGAAGAGGCUGCAAUGCUGGUGUAGAUAGAUGGAGCCUCCAGAUGGUGGCCACAAAACCUGCCAGGCUACGUACGGG